AUGUAUCCCGACCUUUCAGCGCAGACUCCUGAUGCCCUUCCUUAUGCGCAAGAAACUCUCCUCCAUACUCUGCCGGCGCAAAGAACCGUUCCACAGCAGAACUACUGGAGGCUAUCAAGGGGUGCCCAGCAACGAUCGGGGAAUGCCAUGAGAGUGUCGAAACCAAGUAGCGCCAACAACAGCCCUGGAUCAUCGAGCACGGGUCCCCUGAGACGUACCGUGAUGGGUGGUGACGGAUGGGCUCCUCACAGGCAACAACAAGUGAUGGAUUAUUUCUUGGUGCCUCACAGACAGAACAGACAGAACUCUCGCCCUGUCAGCUGGCAUCCCGCGUCUUACCUCCCGAUAAUCUCACCUCCUCAUCCGUCACAGCCCCAAGUACAGCAGCACCAGCAGCAUCUCCAACAAGCGUCGGGCUACGCUUACCCCUCGGCAAACUCGUGCAGGUCCGAACUCUACGACCUCUGUGGCUGUCAGCCGUCAUUUUCUCCCAACCUGGUCUCUUACUCCAACAAUACGUCUCCAACUUCAACAUUGUCGCCGCUCCCCCUCUUCACCUCGUCUGACGUUGCUCAAUUCGUGCAGACUGACGGAUGGGACGAGCCUCAAGCGUCCGCUUCUACUUGCACGCCCGACGAUGAUCUGGUCAUGAGGGAGUCCUUUGCCAUGUUGGAUAACGGGUCAGCAGAUGCUAGGAGCGUGGCACCUGGCGGCCUAGACUGGAAUUCCUUUGUCCUUCAAGGGUACAAUAGCACAACUCCGCCAACUCCAGAGGCCUUUUCGCAGCCUCAACAUGCUCAUCAUCCCGCUGUGUCCGAGGAUGCAGUACCCUACCAACCCUUGGACGAACCCGAGGAAGAAGGGGAAAUUCUCGUCGGCAUGGGACUGUACGACACGCCCGACAAGUUUUACGAGGACCCGCACCUGAACAACUACCGUUCUACGGUCUCGUCGCUUCUGGGAUCCCCCUAUCGCCUGCGAGAAGCCGAGGGCAGGGGACUAAAGCUGGAGGAGACAUGGGAACCUCCCCAAGCCGAGGAUGACUCGGAGGAAGAGGAUGGAGACGCAGAAGAAGAAGAAGACGAUGAUGAUGAUGAUGAUGAUGAUGAUGCUGAUGCUGAUGAUGCUGAUGCUGAUGCUGAUGAUGACGAUGAUGAUGACGAUGAUGAUGACGAUGAGGAUGACGAUGAGGAUGUUUAA